GUGACGUCACGCGCAGUGGGCAGGGCCUCGCUGGGAAUCAGGAACAAUCUACAGCAGCCUAUGAUUGUAUAUGCUAAUGCAACUGCUUGUGUUCAGCGAGCGUGAGCACUAAUAGUGCAUUACUCUUCUUCUGUCUUUCCACGUUAAAGAAAUGCCAACAUGGGCUCUACAUGUGAAAUCAACGCCGCGAUGAGUGUUUGGAGAAGACUGUCUCUGUUUGUUUUGGCGAGCUCCCUCUGCUCGUGCCUGUGCCGAGCUGAAGACAGUGCGAUGGAGAACAUCGUGACAGAGAAGAAAGCCGAAGAAAGCCACAGGCAAGACAGCGCCGAUCUGCUGGUCUUUAUCCUGCUCCUCACCCUGACGAUCUUGACCAUAUGGUUGUUCAAACACCGCCGCUUCAGGUUUCUGCACGAGACCGGACUGGCGAUGAUAUAUGGGUUGCUUGUGGGUGUUGUACUGCGAUAUGCUAUUCAUGUACCCAGCGACAUGAACAAUAUUACACUGAGCUGUAAUGUCAAUGCCAGUCCAGCCACACUGCUGGUGAAUGUCAGUGGUAAGUUCUAUGAGUACACACUGAAAGGAGAGAUCAGUGGCAGUGAAGUCAAUGACAUUCAGGACAACGAGAUGCUCCGCAAGGUGACCUUUGACCCAGAGGUCUUCUUCAAUAUUCUCUUGCCUCCCAUAAUUUUUCAUGCUGGAUACAGUUUAAAACGAAGACAUUUCUUCAGGAACUUGGGCUCCAUUCUUGCCUAUGCGUUUGUGGGAACUGUGGUGUCUUGUUUCAUCAUUGGGUCAUUAAUGUAUGGCUGUGUGGUGCUGAUGAAGCAAAUCGGCCAUCUGGGUGGUGAUUUCUUCUUCACCGAUUGCCUUUUCUUUGGUGCCAUUGUCUCAGCCACUGACCCAGUGACCGUUCUGGCCAUCUUCAAUGACCUGCAGGUGGACGCUGACUUGUACGCGCUGCUGUUUGGUGAAAGUGUUCUGAAUGAUGCCGUCGCUCUCGUACUGUCCUCGUCAAUUGUUGCAUAUCAGCCUGAGGGAGACAACACUCACACGUUUGAAGCCAUGGCCAUGCUGAAGUCCUUUGGAAUCUUCCUGGGGGUCUUCAGUGGUUCUUUUGCUCUUGGAGUGGCAACUGGAGUCGUAACUGCAUUGAUAUCUAAGUUCACUAAGCUUAGGGACUUUCCAUUGCUGGAGACGGCACUAUUCUUCCUCAUGUCCUGGAGCACAUUCCUACUGGCCGAGGCAUGUGGAUUUACAGGUGUGGUGGCGGUUCUGUUCUGUGGAAUGACACAGGCACAUUACACCUUUAACAAUCUUUCUCCUGAAUCUCAGGAAAGGACAAAACAAUUAUUUGAGCUUCUGAAUUUCUUGGCUGAGAACUUCAUAUUUUCCUACAUGGGCUUGACAUUGUUUACCUUCAAGAACCACGUCUUCAACCCAAUCUUCAUAGUGGGCGCAUUCCUGGCUGUGUUUCUGGGCAGAGCGGCGAACAUCUACCCCCUCUCCUUCCUCUUGAACUUGGGCCGUAAAUACAAGAUCAGCCCCAACUUCCAGCACAUGAUGAUGUUUGCAGGUCUUCGUGGCGCCAUGACCUUUGCCUUGUCAAUCAGGGACACGGCCACGUAUGCGCGGCAGAUGAUGUUCUCCACCACGCUGCUGGUGGUCUUCUUCACCGUUUGGAUCUGCGGUGGAGGCACAACUCAGAUGCUGUCCUGUCAGAAAAUCCGUGUUGGAGUAGACACAGAUCUGGAGAACUUUAUCGGCCCUGAUGGAGUGGAGAGGAGGAGCACUAAACAUGAGAGCGCCUGGUUCUUCAGGAUCUGGUACAACUUUGAUCACAAUUAUCUCAAGCCCUUUCUGACCCACAGUGGCCCACCGCUCACUGCCACACUCCCAGCCUGCUGUGGCCCUCUGGCACGUUGCCUCACCAGCCCACAGGCGUAUGAGAAUGAGGAGCAGCUGAAAGACAGCGACUCGGACCUGAUCCUGAAUGACAGUGACAUCACGCUGACGUACGGUGACAUCACUGUGAGCACAGAUGCAACGGGCGCUCACACGAGCGGGACUCCCGUCGGACGAGUGACUGUGCACUCUGAUGAGGCUCUGGACCGAGAGCUGGCGUUUGGCGACCACGAGCUGGAGAUCCGAGGCACCCGAUUGGUCCUGCCCAUGGAUGAUUCAGAGCCCCCGCUGCCUCUAGACUCCCAUCGCUACCGGCACAAGAACGAAUCGAUGAGUUGAACGGCCCGAGUCUCUUCUCUCUAACAUGUCUCAUUCAGAGUGAUCUCUCUCAGCACUUCCCCUGUCUCUGAAGUGGCUGGUUUGAUGUCUCUACCUCAUUUGUCACUCUUUAUUUUACAUCGUCACAGAAAUCUAAAUUAUUUAUCUACUUCUCUUGUGCAAGGCUUUUUUUUCUGUUUACCGCCAAUCAGACCACUUAGCAUCUGACAUCACAUAUCGGCAGCAUGUUCUGGUUUCUCUAAGGUUAUCAUGACAACAGAAUAAGCAUACUUUAAUUGUCUGUAAAGCAAGGCGUAAAAUUGCCAUGACCUGGCCUGCAUGCUUAUUUGUGUCCUCUCUUGACGUGCAAGCGCUUGUUUAGGAGAUGUGAAGAGUCCGCGGCACAUUCCUGUGGGUCUGAUGCUUUUUACUGCCUUGUCUCUUUGUGAGCCUCUGACAGAGGUGUGCUGGCUGGUGGCUCUGGGUUGCUGUGCAGUUACAAUCAAGUGCCUGUUGAAUGUAGUUUCCCCUCCUUUUGAGCAAAAUGACACUCUUUGCCAUCCACUAGAGGGAGGCCUUGUAUUUUGGUACUGUAUUGUUCAUCUGAGCUGUGCGGUAACUUGUGAUUGGCUGUAGAGGUGUGCUUGGAUCUUACAUUGUGACCUCUGACUGUGAAUCUCUGAAGGUUCUUACGCCUUGUUUGUGUUAUCGUUCAGAAGAAAGAGAGCCAUUCAUACGGUGCACUUUCU